AUGCAACACCUCCAGGACAUGGAAACCCGUCUCGACCAACUUAUCUCCGAGAAUCGUUUACUCAUUGCCUCUCGCGAUGAAGCCGAAGAUAAAUUGCGCAAUGCCAGCGUCUCUCGUCGCAAGAGCGACCGUGCCCUCAACAUUAGCGGCGCCGACCUAAGGGAUCGCGAAGCCGAGGUGGAACAACUCAAGAACUCGGUGGAUUGGCUUCAGAAGGAGAUGAGUCGCGUCACUCAGGAGAAUGAGGGACUCGCUGCUUCCAAUGCCGCCCUCGCUGCCGCCCACGCCGCCGAAGUCACUACCGUCCGCGAGUCAUCCACGCGCGAAUUGGAUGACUUGCGAUCGCAACACAAUGCCCUUUCGUCCGAGAUGAACGAUCGAGUCCAACAAGAAAUCGAGUCGGCCCUCGCUCAGAAAGAUGCUGAGUUGCGACGUCUGCGAGAAGAGCUGGAAGAAGCUCGUGACAAAGUGAAGGAGCUGCAACAGCAGAUCGCAUCGUCAGUUAAUGACAACGCCCUCGUCUUCCGCGACGAGGAGUACUUUGACGCUGCGUGCCAAAAGCUCUGCGGUCAUGUGCAGCAGUGGGUGUUGCGCUUCUCCAAGCACUCUGAUCACCGUCGCUGCCGCCGCCUGGUCGACAUCUCCGAUGAGAAGAUUGCCGACCGGUUCGAAAAUGCUUUCCUCGAUGGUUCUGACGCCGAUGCGUACCUGUCCGACCGUGUCCGUCGUCGCGAUGUCUUCAUGUCAGUGGUCAUGACCAUGGUCUGGGAGUACAUCUUCACUCGCUACCUCUUCGGCAUGGACCGUGAACAGCGUCAAAAACUCAAGUCUCUCGAAAAACAAUUGGGCGAGGUUGGUCCACGACGCGCAGUUCAUCGCUGGCGCGCCACCACCUUGACCCUUCUGUCACGGCGACCAGCCUUCGCCACACAGCGCCAGAGCGACACUGAAGCGGUCGCACUUGAGAUCUUUGGCACUCUGUCGCGAAUCCUUCCUCCGCCUUCUCAAAACGAGGCGCAACUCCUCGACUCCCUCCGCAAGGUCCUCCGUGUCGCCGUCAACCUCUCCCUGGAGAUGCGCACCCAAUUGGCAGAGUUCAUCAUGCUGCCCCCUCUCCAGCCAGAAUAUGACACUAAUGGCGACCUUGCCCGUCAAGUCUUCUUCAACGCUGCGUUGAUGAAUGAGCGCAGCGGCGAAACCACCUCCAACGACGAACUCGAAUCCUCCCAGGCUGUCGUCCGCAUCGUGCUCUUCCCUCUUGUCGUCAAAAAGGGCAACGAUGUCGGCGAAGGCGAGGAGGAAGUCGUCGUCUGCCCUGCUCAAGUUCUUAUCGCUCGCCCCGGCAAAGACAAGAGAGUGUCUCGGAUGAUGAGUGGUGAUCGCAUGUCAUUUGAUGCAUCCCGCUCCGUCCAUAGUGUGGCACCAUCCAUGGCACCCUCGAUGGCCCCGUCUACGAUGGACAUGAGCAAUGUGAUUUGA